UUCCGGGACAACUUCCGGUGAAGAAUUCCUGUAGAGCUCUUCUGUCACAUACAUAUGAUUGUUAAACAGGGCAAAAACAUGUAAAUCAGAGGGUUUACGUUUUAAAUUUACAACUCAUCCUUUUCAGGCUUCAUAAAGUUUGCUUGAAAAUCCCCAAGUAUCCAAGAUGUUGGUGCCAAUUUUCAAUCUGAAGAUCAACCAUAAGGUUAAUCCUCGUAUGGUCACCAUUGGAAAGUAUGAUGGUGCACAGUCAUCUCUCACCUGUGCUACAACAGCUGGAAAGGUGCUGAUACAUAACCCCCACAAUCGUGGGUUGAAAGGAGGUCGAUUGGAUAUAACAUCUGAUGGAGACAUCAACCUCCUCAGUAUCAAUCAACAAGUGUCGUCGGUGUCAGCUGGCCAGCUUGUCCGUGACAAGGAGAAUGACAUCUUGGCUGUGGGGACACAUACAAAUCUACUGGCGUAUGACGUUGAAAAUAACAGUGAUCUGUUUUACAAAGAUACAGCUGAUGGCUCAAACUGUAUUGUCAUUGGUCGACUUGGCUCCAUAGAAGAUCCUAUGGCCAUUGUAGGAGGAAACUGUACACUUCAGGGCUAUGACAUGGAAGGAAAUGACAUAUUUUGGACAGUGACAGGUGACAAUGUCUGUUCUCUGGCUUUGGUCGACUUCAGCAGUGACGGACAAAAUGAGCUCGUUGUUGGUUCAGAAGAUUUUGACAUCCGUGUGUUUAGAGAGGAUGAGAUUCUUGCCGAAAUGACAGAAACUGAGGCCAUCACCUGUUUGUGCCCUAUGAUGGACAGUAGGUUUGGAUACACUCUGGCUAAUGGUACAGUGGGCGUGUAUGACAGGUCCUCGCGAUACUGGAGGAUCAAAUCUAAGAACCAAGCCCUAGCGAUCCACAGUUUUGACUUGGACUCGGAUGGAGUGACUGAAUUAAUCACUGGCUGGAGCAACGGCAAGAUUGAUGUGCGGAGUGACAGAACAGGGGAGGUAAUCUACAAGGACGCAUUCAGCCAUCCAGUGGCGGGUAUCGUCCAGGGUGACUACCGACUAGAUGGCUCCCAACAGUUGAUCUGUGUGUCCGCGGAGGGAGAAGUGAAGGGAUACAACCCCGCCCCCAUAGAGAUGAGAGGUAAUCUGAUGGAUUCUAACAUGGAACAGGAAACGAUUCGUGAUCUUAGUCUCCGUAAACAGAAUCUGAUGAUGGAACUGAAAAACUAUGAUGAGAACACAAAAGCUGGAGCUGUGGCCGCCACUGCUUUGGCCACCAAUGCCGCUUCUCGUGGCUUCAACAGCAGUAGUGGUGGCGGAAUGGGUGGCAGUGGUGGUGUGGGAGGGACAGGACUUAGAGGAAUGGGCGGAGCAGGAGGAGGAGCUGGUGGUGGUGUGGGCGGAGCUGGAGGUGGUGCAGGCGGGGCUGGAGGUGGUGUAGGCGGUGCUGGAGGUGGUGCAGGCGGAGCUGGAGGUGGUGUAGGCGGUGCAGGCGGAGCUGGAGGUGGUGUAGGCGGUGCUGGAGGUGGUGCAGGCGGAGCUGGAGGUGGGGUAGGCGGAGCUGGAGGUGGCGCGGGAGGAGCAGGCGGACCAGGAGGUGUUGAUGGAGGAGGUCCUGGGGGACCAGGAGGGGUCGGAGCAGGCGGCCCAGGAAGUGGAGGAGGCUUUGGUGGUGAUGGAAGCGUUGCAUCCAGAUUCUCAGCCGAAAGACCAUUUCCUCCAGGAGAAUAUGACGCCCAGAAGAUGGGAGUUAUUCCUGCUGCCACUCAGCUACAAACAACACUGAGAGUUAACACUGGGGAGGAUGGUAAACCGCCACAUGUGGAACUAUUUAUAGGAACAACAAAUGACACUGCCAUCAAAGCGGUAUUGAUAUUUGCUGAAGGAAUAUUUGAGGGAGAAAGUCACGUAAUACACCCAGCCCCAGCCCAGCUGUCCAAUAGCCUGACAGUAUCAAUACAACCCCCUAAGGAUGUACCGGUGGACCUCCACAUCAAAGCCUUUGUCGGCUACAAGUCCAGUAUCCAGUUUCAUGUCUUUGAGCUGACACGCCAGCUUCCACGAUUCUCAAUGUAUACACCAAUCAAAAACAACCCCGAACAAGAGCCGAAGAGUUCCUGUGUAUUCACUGUCAACGAUCGUGUGGCGAGGGUGUUGCUGUGGAUCAACCAGAAUUUCCUGUUACAAGAUGAUUUAGUGUGUGAGGGGUCCAACCUCCAUUUUAGCUUCCUGUCUCUGAGAGGAUCAGGGCCAUUGGUCAUCAAGAUGGAAGCGUCUGGCCAGGUCACCCUGAUGACAGAUGACAUGGACACUGCCGGGGACGUGAUACAGAAUUUAGCCUUAUUCCUCAACAUGGACGACCUACAGGUGACCGCUGACUUCCCAGCCGAGAUAGAAAACUUGAAGGAUGUUUUACUGAAGGUGGACGAGUACAAUGUUGUGAGACAGAAACUGACCGCUGAGAUGGCUGACCACUCUAAUCUCAUCAGAAGUAUGGUGGUCAGAGCUGAGGAUGCGAGGUUAAUGGGUGACAUGAAGAAUAUGCGGAAGGGCUACAUGGAACUUUUCAAUAUGAAUCGGGACCUCAUCAACGGCUACAAGAUCCGGUGUGGUAACCACCAGGAGCUACUGGCUUCCCUCAAACAGGUGAACCAGGUCAUACAGAAGGCCGGACGACUCAGAGUUGGCCGUUACAAGACACAGGUGGUGAACGCAUGUAGAGGGGCGAUCAAAAGCAAUAAUGUCAGCUCACUGUUCAAAAUCAUCAAGACCGGAGCCUCAUGAUAGCGGCUGUCGGGGCUGUAUAAAGACUUUAAUUGCAUUCCGUCCUGAUAAAUGUGCAUAAUGUAUUAUUGCUAGGAAUAACAAACUUUUGCCACAGUGGCUUUGAUGGAGAUGAUAUAUUACAACCUCCAAAAUAAUUGAUAUGGUACAAAAUUUGCCUGCCAUGUCUAUAAAGCCACUCGUAAGAACAAGAGAUUCCAUAUUUCACCAUUGUGCUUCACCUGUAAAAAGGUUCCAACCUGUCAGAAAAGAUAUAGUUUUUUUUGGGGUGGGGGUGGGGGGAGAAAGGCUGAUUUUCUAAAGACAAGUUGUUUAAUAUGCACUUGGAAAUAUCAAAUAGAUAAAUGCUUAUGAUAUAUGACAAUCUUGUUUUCACAAGGUUGACAAUAUGGUAGAUUAUUUUAAUGGUUGAGAUAAAAAUACCAAGCCACAAAUUUGUAUUUUCUGGGUGUACAUGACAAUAACACUCGGUUCAUGUUAAACUCUACCUAUAAAAUCAUCUGUUUCUAUGGACUGUGAUUACUAAUGGUGUGGAAGGAUUGAUAACAUUCCUAUUUAUUUGUGUAAGUAGGCAUGUACUGGUACAUCAUUCAUUUUUGUGGGUUUUAUUUUCGCUAUUUUUGUGAGAACUCUUAUUCUUUCAGUUCAUGCAUAUAUCCAUGAAUUAAUAACUGAUUUUUUAUAAGAGUUACUUUCAACAUUAUAUAUUUCACCUGUCGAAAGGUCCAAUCCUGUCAGGAAAGACAAAAACAUUUAAAGGAAAGAAGUUUAUAGUUUUCUAAGGACAUCAGUUGCAAAAGUUUUUAAGCAUUAAAAUCAUACAGGCUGGUGCAGGUUGUUCCAAGUGCGGACAUGACACAGGAAUAUGUAUGCUAGAAUGCUUUUAUGAAUAUUGAGAUACUUGUUCUCACUUGUUAAUAUUGCUUUAAAUUCAUGAAAUUUCAAAUUUCAUGAUAUGGGGUUUUUUCAACAGAUUUUAGGGUUCCACUAAUCCACAAAAUAACAUGAAAUUAUUAACCCCACAAAAAUGUCUGAUUUUACACCAGACGAUGUAAAAGAAUGGAAGAUUUGUAAAAAUGAUUGCUCACGGCUUGUGACAUGAUGCUGUGAGUGAUUUAUGAAAGCUACUGAUAUUUACUGAAGACUGGCUGGAAGAUAAAAAAAUAGAAAAAUUGAAUGGCGAAGAUGCAUGGUGGUUGCCCCUGUAGUUUGUUUAAACAAGAUUGUUUGAAUCCUGUCUACAUAUUUAGGUAAACUCGUAAUAUUUUAUACUUUGAUAUGCUGAUGUUGAAACACUAAUUUAUAUAAUACGAUUUCAUAUUGACUUAAUAUUUUUUUUAUUGUUCUGUGUGAGAGAAUGGUACCAAGAAGUUUUAGGACUAACUAGACCAUCACGAGUGCUAUUGAAGUUCCACUUAUGUUAAGACACAGAAAAACAAUUCUAUUAAAAAAAAUAUUUAUAGAUAAACUAGAUCUGUAUACUAGUAACAUUAUGGCAACUUUCAUUUCGUAUAGCAAUCUUAGAUCCAUUUUAACCAUUUUUCCGAAUAUCACAGAUUUAUUUGAGUGUUUCUAAAGGGUUUAUCACAUACAUAUAGUGUAUGUACCCAUAUAGGUAUAUAGGUGUACGGCUGUAGCAUGUUUCAUGUAAUUGUUAUGUAAAGUGAAAGUACAGUAUAGUCGGUGUCACAACAGUUAUAUAAACACAAACAAUGGACAUUUUGUAUGUAAAGUGAAAGUACAAGUUUAGUCUGUUUUGCGACAGUUAUAUAAACACACACAAUGGACAUUUUUUAUGUAAAGUGAAAGUACAAGUUUAGUCUGUUUUGCGACAGUUAUAUAAACACACACAAUGGACAUUUUGUAUGUAAAGUGAAAGUACAUGUUUAGUCUGGUUUGCCACAGUUAUAUAAACACUUGAUGGACAUUUUAUGGUGUGGAAAUCGUGAAAGUUAGUAAGAAGCUGCAAAAGAAAGCUGGUUUACAAUAAUAAAAUAAUACUGAGCCAUAAAACUUUAGAUUACAAAUGUAUUUGUAUAAAGAUAUUCAAAUGGGUUGCUUUGAUUUAAAAAUGAUUUUAAAAAUGAUUCAGUCAAUAACCCUUGAAUAUUUGAAUACACUGUUUUACUUAUGUUUUGAAGGGUCAAGGACUGAUAUUUGAUCAGGGCUUAUCAGCAGCUCAGAUAAAUAUGCCAUGUGUGUACCUGGUAAAAGAUUAUGUUCCGUCCAAAUGUCAACAACUUUUACGAGUGUUGGGAUUGUUGAAGAAGUAAAGCAACCUUUAACUGAGAUGUGAUAUAAAGAUGAUAUCACUUACCUUGUGCAUUAUUCAAUAUAUUGUCAGUGUGAAAGGUGUCAAAAUCUCGUGAGAUAUAUAUAUUGUUAAGGGGUAUUACGAGUGUUUGUAAUUACACUGUCCUGGAAUCCUGGCCAGUGUAUAUAUUGUUCUGUGAUACUGUAUUACACUGUAAUGAUGUUUAUUAUGAGAAGGUAAAUAAAAUUCUUACAAAGAGUAUA